GGUAACCGGAAACAUGAUCAGCGGGGCCGCACAGCAGCACAAAAAGCGGCUAGUCCCGCUGCGUCGGACUGAUGCAAUGACAGUGGCGGAACGUCGAAACUAUCAGAUUCUAGACGAUAUUUUUCGAUCUGGAGCAUCCGAUUGUUUCCAACAAGUCAGUUCAGCGGAUAACGGAAGCCCACAGUUUUUGAAGCUAAAUAUUGGAGGCACAAGCUUUAUGAUUCUAAUCGACGCGAUUCUCCGCGCAGACACAACUACUUUUCUCUCGCGGUUUGUCCAACUCACACACACAGCUAGAUUAAAAGUUGCGGAUGCCUAUAUUUCCGCUGAUGAUGCUUACUAUUUCCAACGAUCACCUACUUCCUUUGAAGCUGUGUUUCAAUACUAUGCAACAGGAGUGGUGCAUCGACCAUCUGAGAUUUGUCCAGCUUCGUUUCUAAGUGAGCUCGACUUUUGGAGGAUAUCCCAUCAACAUGUUGGAUCUUGUUGCGCCGAUAUUAUCCCCCAAAAACGGGAAGAAGAGAAAGAAGAAGAAAAAGUAGAUGAUACCACCUUCGAUAAGUUGAUGUGCGGAAAGUUACGGAGGAGGAUGUGGACUUUUCUCGAACGGCCUGGCUCUUCAAUGCAAGCAAAGGCAUUUGAGUUGUCAUCGACUCUUUUUGUAGCAAUUUCAGUUAUGGGACUUUCUUUUGGAACUAUUCCAGAUUUUCAAGUUACUCAUCUUAUGCCUCCUCAUAAUGAAACAGUAGUGUUACCGAAUGGAACUGUAACGGUUGUUCAAAAAGUUGAGCAAAUGAGAGUGGAACAUCCGGCGUUUGUGUUCACGGAACGGAUAUGCAUUGCAUUUUUCACUGUCGAAUAUUGCCUCCGGUUUUUCGCCGCACCACGGAAAUUAAGAUUUGCGCUGAAACCGCUGAACCUUGUCGAUUUACUUGCUAUUGUUCCAUUCUACUUGGAAUUGCUUCUGACAUUAUGCGGAGUUGAUGACAGGAAAUUAAGAGAUCUACGAUGGGCUUUCCUUGUUGUUCGGAUUCUUCGAGUUCUUCGAGUUAUCAGAAUUAUCAAAUUGGGAAGGUUCUCAUCGGGACUCCAAACAUUCGGAAUGACACUUCAAAGAUCACAAAAACAACUACAAAUGAUGACAAUUGUACUUCUGACUGGAGUUGUAUUCUUUUCAACCAUGAUUUAUUUCUUGGAAAAAGACGAGGAAGGAACACCGUUCACAAGUAUUCCGGCGGCAUAUUGGUGGUGUAUAGUAACAAUGACAACUGUAGGAUAUGGAGAUGCUGUUCCCGCAACUACUAUGGGGAAAAUCAUUGCAUCAGCAGCAAUUAUGUGCGGAGUACUUGUACUUGCUCUGCCCAUUACUAUCAUUGUCGACAACUUCAUCAAAGUGGCUCAAGAUGAACAACAAGCGGAGCAACAGAAAAAUGACCAGCAAAGCGAGCAACUCGCGUUGGAAGCCAUGCUCAAUGCCCAUGACUAGUAUACAAAUUAUUUCAAUGAUUAAUGUUACGAGUAAAUGUUUCCCCCGAAGUUCUAUAUGUUUUAUCAAACUUAAGUGAGUAUAUUGGUUUUGUUAUUUUAUUUUCAUAAAUUUAU